GGAGAGGGAAGGAGGGGAUUCCAGAUCCUCGCGCUUUCACAGACGGCCUAAUCCCUCUGCGCAAUGGACCUAGGAAAGCUGCCUCCCCUUAAGGGAGCCAAGGCACUGUCAAAGUGCCCUCCCUGCCAGGACCCGGAGAAGUCAGGGGUGUGAAGGCGGAGCCACUGGGCUGGCGACACCCUCCCGAAGGUCCAGCCCUAACCCGCCUUCCUACCACCUAGGGGGUUUGGCUGGGAGAGCAGGAUCAUCCUCUCAAUGAAAGGCAGAUGUCCCUUUAAGGUUUGCUUCCACAGCCGGUGGACUUUAGCCUAAACACGGACCCGCGAAGCAGGCUUUAUUUGUCCAUGUCUCGGACAGAGCCUGGGAAGCUGCCAGCGGGAUUUCAGAGACCAAGAGCGCGAAGGGGCGGGCGAUGUGGCAAUCCGUCUGGGAUGUGAAAAGCGUGGAGCGCAUUUAGAGGCAGUCGACGAAAACACAGGAAAUCACUCCUCUCCCGCUCCUGGGCGCCGCUACCACUGGGACAGAGGACUGGGAACCGCAGCCGCGGGCGGAGUGGCCCAGCCAGAGCGCGCGGCUCCCGCGCCGGGUCCUGCCCUGAGAACCAGCUCGGCCCCCUGGCGCUGCGGCCGCUCCGGCCAUGGCCCCCCGGUUCCGCGCCCAUCCAGGGGUCGCUGUCGCCUGCUGCUGGCUCCUCACUGUUUUUCUAGGCUUCUGUGUAUCCUUCAAUGUUGAUGUGAAAAAUUCAAUGACUUUCAGCGGCCCAGUGGAAGACAUGUUUGGAUAUACUGUUCAACAGUAUGAAAAUGAAGAAGGAAAAUGGGUGCUUAUUGGUUCUCCUUUAGUUGGCCAACCCAAAAACAGAACUGGAGAUGUCUAUAAGUGUCCAGUUGGGAGAGGUAAAUCAUUACCUUGCGUAAAGUUGGAUCUACCAGUUAAUACAUCAAUUCCCGAUGUCACAGAAGUAAAGGAGAACAUGACAUUUGGAUCAACUUUAGUCACCAACCCAAACGGAGGAUUUCUGGCAUGUGGGCCCUUAUAUGCCUAUAGAUGUGGACAUCUGCAUUACACAACUGGAAUCUGUUCUGACGUCAGCCCCACAUUUCAAGUCGUGAACUCCAUUGCCCCUGUACGAGAAUGCAGCACUCAACUGGACAUAGUCAUAGUGCUGGAUGGUUCCAACAGCAUUUACCCAUGGGACAGUGUUACAGCUUUUUUAAAUGACCUUCUUGAAAGAAUGGACAUUGGUCCUAAACAGACACAGGUUGGAAUUGUGCAGUAUGGAGAAAACGUGACCCAUGAGUUCAAUCUCAAUAAGUAUUCUUCAACGGAGGAGGUACUUGUUGCCGCAAAGAAAAUAGUCCAGAGAGGUGGCCGCCAGACUAUGACAGCUCUUGGAAUAGACACAGCAAGAAAGGAGGCAUUUACUGAAGCCCGGGGUGCCCGAAGAGGGGUUAAAAAAGUCAUGGUCAUUGUGACGGAUGGAGAGUCCCAUGACAAUCAUCGACUGAAAAAGGUCAUCCAAGACUGUGAAGAUGAAAACAUUCAACGAUUUUCCAUAGCUAUUCUUGGCAGCUAUAACCGAGGAAAUUUAAGCACUGAAAAAUUUGUGGAGGAAAUAAAAUCAAUUGCAAGUGAACCCACUGAAAAGCACUUCUUCAACGUCUCUGAUGAAUUGGCUCUAGUCACCAUUGUUAAAACUCUGGGAGAAAGAAUAUUUGCUCUGGAAGCUACAGCUGACCAGUCAGCAGCUUCAUUUGAAAUGGAAAUGUCUCAGACUGGCUUCAGUGCUCAUUAUUCACAGGACUGGGUCAUGCUUGGAGCAGUAGGAGCCUAUGAUUGGAAUGGAACAGUUGUCAUGCAGAAGGCUGAUAAAAUCAUAAUCCCUCAAAACACAACUUUUAAUGUUGAGUCUACCAAAAUGAAUGAACCUCUUGCUUCUUAUUUAGGUUACACAGUAAACUCUGCCACUGCUGCUGCUGGGGAUGUGCUGUAUAUUGCCGGACAGCCUCGAUACAAUCAUACAGGCCAGGUCAUUAUCUACAGGAUGGAAGAUGGAAACAUCAAAAUUCUCCAGACACUCAGUGGAGAACAGAUUGGUUCCUACUUUGGCAGUAUUUUAACAACAAUUGACAUUGAUAAGGAUUCUAAUACUGACAUUCUUCUAGUUGGAGCCCCUAUGUACAUGGGAACGGAGAAAGAGGAGCAAGGAAAAGUGUAUGUGUAUGCUCUCAAUCAGACAAGGUUUGAAUAUCAAAUGAGCCUGGAACCUAUUAAGCAGACAUGCUGUUCAUCUCAGCAGCGCAAUUCAUGCAAAAAACAAAACAAAAAUGAGCCAUGUGGGGCUCGUUUUGGAACUGCUAUUGCUGCCGUAAAAGACCUCAAUCUUGAUGGAUUUAAUGACAUCGUGAUAGGAGCACCACUGGAAGAUGAUCACGGGGGAGCUGUGUACAUUUAUCAUGGAAGUGGCAAGACUAUAAGAAAAGAGUAUGCACAACGUAUUCCAUCAGGUGGGGAUGGUAAGACACUGAAAUUUUUUGGUCAGUCUAUCCACGGAGAAAUGGAUUUAAAUGGUGAUGGUCUGACAGAUGUGACUAUUGGGGGCCUUGGCGGUGCUGCCCUCUUCUGGUCCCGAGAUGUGGCUGUAGUUAAAGUGGCCAUGAAUUUUGAGCCAAAUAAAGUGAAUAUUCAAAAGAAAAACUGCCGUAUGGAAGGAAAGGAAACAGUAUGCAUAAAUGCUACAGUGUGUUUUGAUGUGAAAUUAAAAUCUAAAGAAGAUACUAUUUACGAAGCUGAUUUGCAGUACCGUGUCAUCCUAGAUUCACUAAGACAAAUAUCACGAAGUUUUUUCUCUGGAACUCAAGAGAGAAAGGUUCAAAGGAACAUCACAGUUCGAAAAUCAGAAUGCACUAAGCACUCCUUCUACAUGUUGGACAAGCAUGACUUUCAGGACUCUGUAAGAAUAACGUUGGAUUUUAAUCUCACUGAUCCAGAAAAUGGGCCUGUUCUUGAUGAUUCUCUACCAAACUCAGUACAUGAAUAUAUUCCCUUUGCCAAAGAUUGUGGAAACAAGGGAAAAUGUAUCUCGGACCUCAGCCUUAAUGUCACCACCACAGAAAAGGACCUGCUGAUUGUCCGGUCCCAGAAUGAUAAGUUCAACAUUAGCAUCACAGUGAAAAAUACAAAGGACAGUGCCUAUAACACCAGGACAAUAGUGCAUUAUUCUCCAAAUCUGGUGUUUUCAGGAAUUGAGGCUAUCCAAAAAGACAGUUGUGAAUCCAAUCAUAAUAUCACAUGUAAAGUUGGAUAUCCCUUCCUCAGAAGAGGAGAGAUGGUAACUUUCAAAAUAUUGUUUCAGUUUAACACAUCCUUUCUCAUGGAAAAUGUGACCAUUCAUUUAAGUGCAACAAGUGACAGUGAAGAACCUCCUGAAACCCUUUCUGAUAAUGUAGUAAACAUUUCUAUCCCGGUAAAAUAUGAAGUUGGACUACAGUUUUACAGCUCUGCCAGUGAAUACCACAUUUCAAUUGCUGCCAAUGAGACAGUCCCUGAAGUUAUUAAUUCUACUGAGGACAUUGGAAAUGAAAUUAAUAUCUUCUACUUGAUAAGAAAAAGUGGAUAUUUUCCAAUGCCAGAACUUAAGCUGUCAAUUUCAUUCCCCAAUAUGACAUCAAAUGGUUAUCCUGUGCUGUACCCAACUGGAGUGUCAUCUUCUGAUAAUGCAAAGUGCAGACCCCAUAUCUCUGAGGAUUCUUUCAGUAUCAACUCUGGAAAGAAACUGAUUACAUCAACUGACCAUCUUAAACAAGGAACAAUUCUGGACUGCAGUACAUGUAAAUUUGCUACCAUCACGUGUAAUCUCAUUCCUUCUGACAUGAGCCAAGUGAAUGUUUCGCUUAUCUUGUGGAAACCAACUUUUAUAAAAUCAUAUUUUUCCAGCCUAAAUCUUACUAUAACAGGAGAACUUCAGAGUGAAAAUACAUCACUGGUUUUAAGUAGCAGCAAUCAAAAAAGAGAGCUUGCUAUUCAAAUUUCCAAAGAUGGGCUACCAGGCAGAGUGCCAUUAUGGGUCAUCCUGCUGAGUGCUUUUGCUGGAUUAUUGCUGUUAAUGCUGCUCAUUUUAGCACUGUGGAAGAUUGGAUUCUUCAAAAGACCACUGAAAAAGAAAAUGGAGAAAUGAAAUACUUUUCAAAAGAAAAUAAUAAGAAUUAUUUGACGAUCUAUCCUCAGGUUUGCCUCAAAUAUGUGACAAGAAAUAUAUAAUUCAUGACAUAGUUGCAUAACUAUGUAAUCCAUCAGGGAGUAAUUACUUGGAAAAUGACAAGUCAUGCAUUAACCAAAAACAAUACCAAAAAGACAUAUUUUAUAACAUGAUAAAAAUAUUUUAAAUAAUUACUCAUUUUUGUUGAGUAAGUAAAAUUACAAAGUGCUUUUUAAAAAACCUGUACAAAUAUGUUUGUUUACGUAUUAAAUCACCAUCCAAAGUAUUUAAAAAAUACAUAAAAAGAUUUUUAUAAUUAUAAAGCAUUUACUUUCAAAACAAUAUAAAUGAAGCUUUUCCCCUUGAUUCCUGGUGGAUAUUCAUGUUCAGCAUGUCAGUCAGUGCUUGUAAAUGCCAAGAAAGGAAUUAGCUGAAAAAGAUAAUUUCCCCUAGUUCAAAUGAGAAAAUUUUCCUUUGGUAGAAUCCAUAUGCAAUAUGGACUGAAAAUUAAGUCACAAAGAAUACAGAUAGCAUCUUUGUAUUGGGUUUUAUACCUGAAGAGUCUUUUUUUCCCCUCAAGGUGAUUGGAAAGCACUGCAAUUGAGCUGAAAUUUUAUCUAGGAUAGAAAAUCAGGAUAGACUAAUUUAAAAACAAGUAUGCUGAAUGGGUUAAAUUAAGCUUUUACAAAACAUGCUUAAUUUUGAUAUUGAGCUUUAAAUGCAAAUCUCUUUUAUACUGAAAAAACACUUAAAGCAGUUUUGUGUGGCAUCACAGUGACUUGUCAUGAAAAGCCAUGAAAAGUAUGGGGGAUAUGCUAAAAUAGCUUCUGAAUGAAACAUGGCAGCAGAGAAAGAUGCCACUGAAAUGCUGAAAUUAUCUUUGCUGAGAAACGUUGGAAUGCUAAGGGUUUCAGUAUGUGACCCAAAGAAGGAGUUGUCUCAACUCCUUGGUACAGGGUUCAUUCAAACCCCUAAGCUGUGAGAGUGUGUUUAUUUUUAAUUUUGUAAAGGGUAUUUAAUUUCCAAUCACAUUUCUUAUUUUUAUGAAAAGACAGCAUUCCAUUUCAGUAUUACAUUUUACCAAGAAGUCACUGCUUUUUAAAUAUGGUGCAUCAAUAUUUAAUUAGAAUCCCAGAAAUGUAUUUUAAAGAAUUUCAGAUUUGAAAGCUCAAACCAACAGAAAGAUAUCACACCUUUGUAUGUACUUCUUUGUUCUUGAAGUAGUCAUUAUGGUUCAUUGGAAUCUACUGUAGCACAAGCUCCUAGGUUGCUCUGUUUCUUAGGAAAACAGCAAUGAAUGAAUGUAUAGUAGCUGCAUGUGUGAACUACUGCUGUAAGGUUUGCUCACAUUUCUGCAACAACUCCAUUUCUCCACCUGAUUUACCAGCACCUGUAACGAGAACAGAACCUGUAUUUAUCCAGAAACUCCCGGGCUCUGCGUUGCUCACAAAGGAACAAAUCCACAUAGAAAUUAAAUGACAUAAUUUAAUUUUUUUUUUCAAACUAAUUUUCAAAGAAUUAGCUGAAGACUCAGAGUCAGCCUACCUCUGGACUCUCCACAUCUGCAUCUAAGAUCACGAAGGCCAAAGGGAUGUGACUGUGGGAUGCCAAAGCCAUCAGUAGCUGGAAGAAAGAAUCUAUCUUUCUAGAGAUUUGGUAUCCUCUUGCUGGCCUGUCAUUAUUCAGAAAUAUGUGCUUUUGGAAUUUCCUUCAUUUUUGCUAUCUCCAGGUUCAGAAAUCAUACUUUCCACUUCUUCUUUCUUUGCCCAAUAAAACUCAGGGCUUCUCUUAUUCAGAGUUACCAUGUUGCACACCUCCAGUGCUCAGCCUGCCUAGAAGCCCUGCUCUGAUCUCAGCAAGAUCUUAGAAGUAAAGCUAACAGAUCCAUUGAAAUUCAUACUCUGCGUCUGCGACUGCUAGACAAAGCCCAUUUACUGAACCAUGAGUGUGUACUUUUAAACCAAAUACAUUGUUAACUGAAAGGGAAAAAAUAAAAAGGAGGGCAUUUUGAAGUUUUUAGAAAAGAGAGGAAGUGUUGUUGGCCAGAUCAAAUAGGCACUUAUAAGCCUGGCACAAUUUUUAACAUAAGUCAUUCCUAGUUAUUAAGUAAAAUAUUUCAUAAACUAGAAAUCCCAUUUCUCUAAUAUUAUAACUAGUUUGUGUGUUUGUGUGUGUGUGUAUGCAUAUGCAGACACAUGUACACACAUAAAUUGAAUACAAAAUACCUCUAUAACCCAAAUAACAGAGUUAACAGAAAAUAAACACAAAAGCUAUACAUGCAAGACAAGUUUGAUUAAUUCACUUUUCAUAUCAUUUCAUUUUUGUUAAUAUUUAGGUUUAACUUAUAGUUCUGCAGUUAUCUAAAAAACAAAGCAUUUGAUUAAAAAAAUAAGUCAACAGAUGUUUCAAAAUAGCUUUGUACAAAUGGUAUGUUUGAAAUGGCAUAUUUCAAAAUAGCUUUGUACAAAUCUUAAUGAGUAAGAAAUAUACUAGACUCUAUCAUUACCUUUUAAAACAUUUAAUUAGAAAAACAGGUGACAUUUAAGACUAUUUACAAACUUAUUGGCUAAAUUGCCAAAAACUUUCUUUUUCUCUAACUGAUGUUCUAAAUAAAUGAUUAUUGCUUCCAUUGCAAACUGAACCAUGUACUCAGUCUCUUUUCUGACCAAACUAUGAUGGUAUGUUGGUAAAUUAUUUAACAUCACACUCUCCAGGAGGGAAAAACAAAAAACAGUCUCUGAUUUGUAUUAUUUGCCAGUUUCUAUGGUCUAAAUAUUCUCUCUCCAUUUUCAAACUACCAAAGUGACCCUAAUUAGCUUGCAGAAUUUCUGGAAAUGUAUCUGUCAGCUCUUAGCAACCAGUAUGAGCUGACUUCAGCGCACCACUUAGAUUACAUGAUAGAUGAUAGAUAGAUAAAUUGAUAGAUAGAUUGAUGAUAGAUAAAAAUCGAUAGAGAACAUGUUGUGUCUAUAUACUUAUCCAAUGACACACAGUAUAAUCAUAUUUUAAAUUACGCCAAAAGUGCUGAUUAUAUCAAGCCCAGUAGACAUAAUGCUACACAGCACCCAUUCUUUAAUUUUGAUUUCCAAAAUUAUAACCUUUCUUUGAUAUUAAUAAAAUGUUAUGAACUUGCAAGAGAAGGAAGGAGUUGAAAGCAGGAAAAUAUAAAGGGUGAUCCACAGUGAAAAUCAGACCUACAUAGCAGCCACAAAAAAAUUGUCUCAUAUUCCCAAGGAAUCUAUAGUCCUGCGAGACACAUUACAAAAGGUGAUACUUUGUAAAUAUUUUUAACUUCUAUGAUUCAGUUUCAACUUCAUUGAUCUAAUGUGUCAAACUAUUUUUCUCUAAGCACUAGAUUCAUGGGCAAAUUAGUCUCUGAAUGUUUUCUGUUGUAAGUGUGCUUGAAAAGCGGCUUGUAGUACAGAGUUUUUACAAAGUUUGAUGCUUCUGCAACCAUAAUAAUUUAUGUAUAAUGCAUAUAUACAUAUAUAUAUACACACACACAUACACUCACAUGCAGAUAUUUACAUCUAUAGAUAUUCUCUUUUCCUUUUAUAAAAUCAAAAUCUAGGCUCAAUUGGAAAAUGGAAAUAUUUGCACCAAAAGAAAAAGUGGCGGUGUCGGUGAUCAGUGGAGUAAAGCUGGGGUACAGUAGAGGCUCCGGAAGCCCUGCCCAUGUUCUCUCCAAGGCUACAGCUGGCACACUAUGAGUGGUGGCCCCACUGGCUCCAUGGAGUGUGCCUUCCCACGGUGGAAUGUCUUUGUCCAACACGCUGUCAUCUACUCCAUGUGAAUUGACUGUCUUGCACAUUAUUGAGAAACAGGCCCAGAGCCUGUCUCGGGUGCCAGGUGCAGUCAUCGUAUUGUUCAAAUAAAGUGGCUUCUGACAAAUCAGUUUUUGAAAUAGCAUCCGAUGUACUCUUCAUUUUUUCCAACAUCUCUCAGGCCCCCUUUGCCAGUUUUCUCCCCCAGGGGAGACUUUCAAGACUACUGGAGAAAAAUCUGUUAAAGCAUUUGCUC